AUGACGUCAAGUCCGCAUGGCCCUUAUGGGCUGGGCCACACACGUGCUACAAUGGCAAUGACAAUGGGAAGCAAGGCUGUAAGGCGGAGCGAAUCCGGAAAGAUUGCCUCAGUUCGGAUUGUUCUCUGCAACUCGGGAACAUGAAGUUGAAAUCGCUAGUAAUCGCGGAUCAGCAUGCCGCGGUGAAUAUGUACCCGGGCCCUGUACACACCGCCCGUCACACCCUGGGAAUUGGUUUCGCCCGAAGCAUCGGACCAAUGAUCACCCAUGACUUCUGUGUACCACUAGUGCCACAAAGGCCUUUGGUGGUCUUAUUGGCGCAUACCACGGUGGGGUCUUCGACUGGGGUGAAGUCGUAACAAGGUAGCCGUAGGGGAACCUGUGGCUGGAUUGAAUCCUUCGCGAUGGAAAUGCCCUCGCCUACUUGACUAAACUAAGGACCUCAACGGUAUAAACAUGUAGAUUUUCUACUUUUCCAUUUUCCUUCUUGUUUAUCAAUCACCAAUCAAGACAAACCGGGCACUACGGUGAGACGUGAAAACACCCGAUCCCAUUCCGACCUCGAUAUAUAUGUGGAAUCGUCUUGCGCCAUAUGUACUGAAAUUGUUCGGGAGACAUGGUCAAAGCCCGGAGAAAGAGCAAGAAAACUAAAGAAAGCGUUAGCGCAUUGGACUCGAAAUCCAAAUUGUGCUAGCUGACAAAGAAAAAACAGAAUAUAACAGAGAAAUAUUGGUUCUGACUGGUUGGUAAAAGGACUCUAAAUCCUUUGAGUGGUUCGAUUCCACAACAGAACUAAGAAUGAAAUGAAUGAAUGAAAGCCAUGACCAUGCCUCCAGUAGGAAGAUCGAGGAACCGGUGCUGGCGCUCCUGGUUCAUGGGAUCCUAACCGCGAUGGGGAGAUUAGAUAUUAUUCUUUCGUAAGUCCAUCCAAUGGAGAUAGGUUGAGGAGAAAGAAAGGAGAAAACUAAAGAGAAAGAUGGACAGUAGAUUGACAGUAUCCGAAUCAAAUAAGAAAAAAACGUAGCUAUUUCAUCAAAUCCCGAUUGUGUGGGUGUGAAGUGGAAAAAUCCCGUUCUGGCUGGCAGCGGGCAUAGGACUGAAAAUCCUCUUUCGCCGGGCCUUUUGGACUCGAAAUCCAAACGGAGAGAGUGGUUCGAAUCCACCUCAGAACGAACAAUGAAAAAGGCGUCGAGCGGGUGCAAGCUCGAGGAGCUAGGAAGGAUGGAAGAAAGCUUGACCGUUUUUUCACUGAACUACUCGAACUUUUUGUUCGAAAAAGCGGAAAUAGCUCAGUUCGAGAGAGGGUUGAGCUUCAUCGGUUAGUGUGCACCAAAGGAUGAGGUUUCUUUCCCGUCCUACAAAUUGAAACCGUUCUAGCUUGAUACUGCGAUAUCGUCAAAUCAUCCAACGGAGCAUGGAAACCAUUUCGGUGGCGGUAAUGGCCUCCAGUAGUUUUCUAUGGAACCAUACCACUAUGGUCAUCUAUAUGAUUAGACCGUGCCGCUUCACUAGACUUUCCUGAACCAUCCAUUUGAUCCCCACGGUCGUGACACCACUUUCUAAACAAAAGUUUCCAAAAUCCAAUGCGGAACCAAGCAGUAAGAGAAAUUCAUCAUGGUAAUUAUUAGUCGAAAACCAAAGUGGAACGGAGAGAACGGAGAGUCAGUUACAAUGACAAAAUUGUUGAGGAAUCAUGUUGAAAGAACAACAUUCUGUGUCAUAAAUAUCGUAUAUAGAGAUUUUUCAUGUAUCGACGCUUUUGAUUCAAUUAUGAAAGUACGCUGUACUGGACUUGCACCCCUAGUUACGCAGAAGUGCAAGCACAGAAGCGGAUGACCGGACCUUACCAACAUACUCAAAAAAGUAUUCUAUACUGGGGUCUGUGCUCUUGACAAGCAGUGUUUCCAGUCUAGCUGUGUCAAAUCGGGUGUGAAGUGUCCUUCUAGGUUCUGGCUGGUAGAGCAGAGGACUGAAAAUCCUCUUUAGUUUCACGCAUGGGACUCUAAAUCCCAAUUGCGCUAGCUCUGUGGUUCGAUUCCACAACAGAACGAACAAUGAAUGAAUGUGGGCGGUCAACCAGGUAAGCCUGUGCCCAGGAAAGAAAGGACUAGGGAGGGAUUGAGAGAAGCUUUCACAGUGGAAAAUGCAAAAAAGCAUAUCGUUCUUAGAAAUUGUGGAAUUUUACUCAGUUAGAGCUAUGGUUUAGCAUCAAGAGGGAAGUUUUGUAAAAGCAACAGGAAGAAUUGCUCAGAUACCCGUGAGCGUAUAUAACUUGGGUCGUGUUAUAAAUGCUCUGGCUAAACCUAUUGAUGGGAGAGGCGAAAUUGUAGCUUCCGAAUCUCGCUUAAUUGAAUCUCCUGCUCCAAGUAGAAUUUCCAGGCGUUCCGUAUACGAACCUCUUCAAACAGGGCUUAUUGCUAUCGAUUCGAUGAUCCCUAUAGGGCGCGGUCAGCGAGAGUUCAUUAUUGGGGACAGACAGACUGGCAAAACAGCAGUAGCCACAGAUACAAUUCUCAAGAAAAAAGGGCAAGAUGUAAGAAGAACGAGAGCGAGCCUUCACGAAAUAAAAUGCAAGUGAAAGAGAAUUGUCAAAAUUUCCUAAAAGCGGUGGUUCUUUUCUUUAUGGAUCGGGUAGAUCCAUAUGUUCUGAGGGGGAGACGAGGUGUAGCGCAGUCUGGUCAGCGCAUCUGUUUUGGGUACAGAGGGCCAUAGGUUCGAAUCCUGUCACCUUGAUGUGGUAUUCACACAAUGGGGCCGAAGUGCAAAGCCCCGUAGCCUAUCCGCGGUCGGGAAGGCAGGCGAAAAGCGCGCACAAAAGAAAAAGAAAGCUAAAAAGCUUAUUUUGCAAUCCAUUAUCUUUGGUAUUCUUCUAUAUUUAGAUCAUAUUAUAUAGCUAUUUCACAGGUUUUAUUUACAUACCUCAGUCAUGUUAUUUGUCUAGCCUUCAAUCAGAAUAGCCUCUCCACCGGUUCCGAAGAUUCUUUCGGCAUCAAUGUGCUUUUGGAAUCUUCCUAUGAAACAAAUAACAUUCUGGAACAGUUUAGGACAGAACAGGCCUCAGUAGAAAGCGAGCUUUUUUCGCGUAUAGCCACCUCGAAGCCCAAUUAGCGCACGGGCUGCCCCCUCAACUCAACCCUGACGAGUACGCAAACUUGGUCAGGGAGCAUUUAGACGGUGCAGUUAGUAUUGACCACUACCGCCAAGUCCAUAAUUCAAAAAUUGAUGAAGUCCACAUAAUGGAGCUCAAAAGCCGAUUACCAAAUCUACUUUUUUAGCAUCUUGAAACCGCACAUAAGAAAUAUUCUGAAUGAAUCACCUUACAAUAACAUACGAGAGACAGCUUUCUAUUUUGUCGAACAACAAGUCGAACCCAAUGAACAAUUCCAUUCAAAGGAAUGUUCUAGAGUUUUUUCCACUAUAUUCGCGAUAUUAAAAAAAUGGAAGAAAUUCUUCACGAUUUCUAGAGUUCCGGGAUUACUUCACUGAUAUCGAUUUUCGCCUAAGCACGGCCUCUAGGUUAGUUCAAAGUGUAAUACAACGAACUAUCGAUACACCGAAAACGAGUCAAGAUGGAUACAUAAAAUGGAGACAUCGUGGAUUACCCAAAUUGGGACGACGAUAGGACAUUUCACUUUCUUUCGCAAUAUUUCUGAUCAUGACUCAACCACUAGGAAAGGGGAUUGCUUACUCUCAGCCACGUUUUCGCUUAUGCUUAGUCAAGUGAGGAUUCCAUUCGAAGUAACGUAACAGGAGCACCAUCUUCAAAACUUCUCGGGAUCCGGAGUUUUUCGAUAAAAGGUCCCAUCCUUCAAUAUCAUGAUUGGGUCAACCAGGCCAGAUCAUAAGUGAAAUAGUUUGAUCGGGUCGACCAGGUCAGGCCCGAUCAUGAGUGAAUAGAAAAUCGAAAACGUACAUAGCUGUUCCAGCGGAAAUACUUUGUUUAAUUCUACCACUUCUACUAGGAGUAGCCUUUUUAGUGCUAGCUGAACGUAAAGUAAUGGCUUUUGUGCAACGUCGAAAGGGUCCUGAUGUAGUGGGAUCGUUCGGAUUGUUACAACCUCUAGCAGAUGGUUUGAAAUUGAUUCUAAAAGAACCUAUUUCACCAAGUAGUGCUAAUUUCUCCCUUUUUAGAAUGGCUCCAGUGGCUACAUUUAUGUUAAGUCUGGUCGCUUGGGCCGUUGUACCUUUUGAUUAUGGUAUGGUAUUGUCAGAUCCGAACAUAGGGCUACUUUAUUUGUUUGCCAUAUCUUCGCUAGGUGUUUAUGGAAUAAUUAUAGCAGGUUGGUCUAGUAAGACGGGGGGCGGCCGUUCGGUCGCCUAUGAUAUACGGACCAAUUGGUCAAAAAUGGGUUUGUGCCGCAGGUGUUGAACGAUCUACUCUACACAGGUGUGGGCUUACAGGGCUAGGGCUCAUAAACCCUUUCUUUCAUUCAUCAAGGGGUCGGUCACUUUUCCGGGCCGGGAUCGA